UUGUCUUUUGAGACACUCGUCUCUUUUACAAUGUAAUAGUAAAAAUAUUAUUAUAAGUGUGUGUGUGUGUGUGUGUGUGUGUGUGUUUGUGUGUGUGUGUGUUGACUUCUGACUAUAGGAAGUGGUUUUUACAAAAGUUUCUCUCUUACCAGAGCUGCCGGUAAAGUCAACAGUUUCAGAUGAGGAAAUAGAACGAUCUACAAAUAUUAUUUGAGAAGCGAGCCAGUGAUAGAAGAUGACGUCAGAGCACCUUCUGGACACACUGGAUGCUUUAGACAGUGAAAAACUGAAGAGGUUUAAAUGGCACUUAAAGCAAGAUGCUCAUGUUUCAGCUGCCGAUCUAGAGAGUGCCGAUGCCAUUGACACAGUGGAUCUGAUGAUGGCAUGUUGUGGACCAGAAAGAGCUGUGAAGAUCACACUGAGCAUCUUGAGAAAAAUGAGACAAAACCAUCUAGCAGAAGAGUUAGAGAAUGAAACCAAAGUUCACAAAGCUCCAGUCCUGAUGAGCAGCAGUGCUCAGACUGGAGUCAGUGUUGAUGUGAAAGCUGAAACAGGUGCAAGUGUAAAUGCUCCUGUAUUGACUGGAAACACCAUGACAGGACAAGUAAUCAUUUAUGGCUCAAAUGCUGCAGGAAAUGAUCAACACACAUGCUCAGAGACAGCAGAGAAACACACAGAAAAACAAGAAAUUUUAAGGCUGCAAAAAUUCUUGGAAAAUCACAAAACCAACAUGAAGAAGAAAGCAGAACAUAUUUUUGAGGGCAAGAAAGAAAAUAAAGCACAUCUCAAGGAUAUUUACACAGAACUCUUCAUCACAGAGGGAGAUAUUGAAGACGUCAAUCAGGAACAUGAGAUUCUGAAGAUUGAUGAUGCUUUCAAGAACAAAAAAACACAGGGCAAACCAAUAAAAUGCAAUGAUAUGUUUCGUUUAUUGAGGGAAAACAGUGAGAAGAACAUUGUGCUGACCAAGGGCAUCGCUGGCAUUGGAAAAACUGUUUCUGUGUACAAGUUCAUCCUGGACUGGGCAGAAGGAAAAGACAAUCAAGACAUACACUGUGUGUUCCUGCUUCCAUUUCGAGAGAUUAACAUGCUGAAAAACAGAGAGGUCAAUCUCAAUGAGUUUCUACAGGUUUUUUAUCCGGAACUUAAGGAAUUGGACAAAUCAAAGUUAUAUGCUAAACGUAAUCUGUUUAUAUUUGAUGGACUUGAUGAGAGUCGACUUCCUAUUAACUUUAAAAGUGGAAUUCUGGCGAGUUUUGAGGAAAGAUCAUCUGUAGAUGUGCUGUUUACAAAUCUGGUUAAGGGAACACUGUUUCCCUCAGCUCUUGUCUGGGUGACCUCACGACCAGCAGCAGCCAAUCAGAUUCAUCCUCAGUAUGUAGGUUUGUUCACAGAGGUGCGAGGAUUCAGCGAUGAACAGAAGGAGGAGUACUUCAGAAAGAGAAUAAAAGAUGAGACUCAGGCCUCCAGAAUCAUCUCACACAUUAAGACAUCUCGUAGUCUGUACAUCAUGUGCCACAUUCCUGUGUUCUGCUGGAUCACGGCCAAAGUACUCCAAAAUAUUCUCAUCAAGAACAAUGCAGAGAACAUCAGCACAACACUCACUGAAAUGUACAUUCACUUCCUGCUGAUACAGAUGAACAUGAAGAACCAGAAGUACGAUGAACAAGAAGAAAGACGACGUACAAAGCUCUUACAUUCAAAUAGAGAAAUGAUUCUGAAGUUAGCAAAGCUAGCGUUUGAACAGCUGAAGAGAGAAAGCAUUGUGUUCUAUGAGAAAGAUCUGGAAGAAUGUGGUAUUGAUGUGGAUGUAGUCACUGAGUUCACAGGAAUGCUCGCUGAGAUCUUUAUGUUGGAAGAUGGACUUCAUGAAACUAAGGUCUUCUGCUUUGUGCAUCUGAGUGUUCAAGAGUUCCUUGCUGCAGUGCAUGUUUUCCUCUGUUACCUGAACAAGAACAUGCAGGAGCUUCAGUUUUUCUUUGAUAAGCCCAAAGAACAUAUUACAUUGCAGGAGCUACUGCAGAAGGCUGUUGAUAAAGCUAUGAAGAGUCAGAGAGGACAUCUGGACCUGUUCCUGCGGUUUCUGAUGGGAAUUUCACUGAAAUCCAGUCAAAACUUGCUCCAAGGCCUGAUCACACACACUGAAGACACCACAGAGAGCAUCACAAAAACAAGUGAAUAUAUUAAAAGAGUACAAGAUGGGCACUUUAUCUCAGAUGAAGCUUCAGUCAACCUAUUUUACUGCUUACUUGAGCUCAAGGACCAUUCAUUAUAUGAGGAAAUCCAGAGAUACCUCAGUUCAGAUGCACAUCCAGGAAGAGAACUCUCAUCUUCAAUGUGCACAGUGCUGACCUAUGUGCUGCUGAUGUCAGAGAAGGUGCUAGAUGAGUUCAACCCAAAGAUGUUCACGUCAUCUUCAAACUACACAAGACUCGUUUCUGCUGUGGGACACUGCAGAAAAGCCUUAUUUAAUGGCUGUGAUCUCUCUGAUCGGCACUGUGAAAGUUUGUCUAAAGCUCUACAAUCAUCAAACUCUCAUCUGAGAGAGAUGGAUCUGAGUAACAAUCUCCUGAAGGAUUCUGGGGUCAGAAUACUUUCGACUGGACUGAGAAGUUCACACUGUCAACUGAACAUACUGAGAUUGUCUGGCUGUAUGGUGACAGAAGAAGGCUGUAGUUAUGUGUCUUCAGCUCUGAGUUCAAACCCCUCACACCUGAGAGAGCUGGAUCUGAGCUACAAUUACCCAGGAGAUUCAGGAGUCAAGCUACUCUCUGAUACACUCAACCAUCCAAACUACAGACUGGACAAACUCAAUGUGGAUCAUGGAGGAGAGUUCAGGAUUACAGCAGGUCCACGAAAAUAUGCCUGUUUUUUCACACUGGAUCCAAGCACAGCAAACACUGAACUCAUUCUGUCUGAGGGGAACAGAAAGGUGACAUGUGUGCAAGAGGAUAUGCUGUAUAUUCAUCAUGCAGUGAGAUAUUCUGGUACUCCGGUGUUGUGUAGAGAGAGUGUGUGUGGACAGUGUUACUGGGAGCUUGAGUGGAGUGGACGUGUGUUAAUAUCAGUGUCAUAUAAGAGCAUCAGCAGGAAGGGAUGGGGUAAUGAGUGUGUGUUUGGAUCUAAUGAUCAGUCCUGGAGUUUGUUCUGUUCUAUCUUCGGUUCCUCAUUCAGACACAAUAGCAUAGUGACUAAACUCACUGUAAAGUCCAUCAGCAGUAGAAUAGGAGUGUAUGUGGAUCACAGUGCAGGAACUCUGUCCUUCUACAGCGUCUCUGGAGACACAGUGAGCCUCAUCCACACAGUCCAGACCACAUUCACUCAACCGCUCUAUCCUGGGUUUGAGGUUUUUCCUGAAUCAUCAGUGAAACUGUGUUGA